UUAAUGGGAACAAUCAUUUAUCAAUAAUAAUCUCCCCCAAAAAAAUUCCACACCUUGGUUCUCACCCGUUUCGUCUCCCGCUCUCCUCACCAGCUCUCCACUAGUUUCUCUCUCCUAGGGUUAGGGUUAGAGUUUUUCGAAACCUGCACAGAUUUUAAUGGCGUCAACAAGGAAGAUAACCUUGAAGAGCUCCGAUGGCGAGACAUUCGAGGUAGAAGAGUCGGUUGCUCUUGAAUCGCAGACGAUUAAGCACAUGGUUGAAGAUGAUUGCGCUGAUAAUGUUAUUCCUUUGCCUAAUGUUACCAGUAAGAUCCUUGCUAAGGUGAUUGAGUACUGUAAGAAGCAUGUCGAUUCUCCUAAAUCGUCUGAAAAUAACGAUCGUCAGGUUGAUGAUGAACUCAAGACUUGGGAUGCUGAUUUUGUUAAAGUUGACCAGGCUACCCUCUUCGAUCUCAUCCUUGCUGCCAACUACCUGAAUAUCAAGAGUUUGCUGGACUUGACUUGCCAAACUGUUGCUGACAUGAUCAAGGGAAAGACACCUGAAGAGAUUAGGAAGACAUUCAACAUUAAAAAUGACUUCACUCCAGAGGAAGAGGAAGAGGUCCGCAGGGAGAAUCAAUGGGCCUUCGAGUGAUGUUCAAGGCACAAAAGAGACCUAGUCAAAACUCAAAAGUGCAUAAGGAUGUGUUUCUCAAUUCUAUGAUUAUACUGGUUGUUUUUAUGUGUCUUGCAGUUCAACAUUGUCCGGACUUGUUCUCAUCUUUACCCGAUGUCUUCAGUAUAAAUUUCACUGGUGGGACAAAGAUGGAAUUGUAGAUAAUACUAGUAGUCUUUUGGAGGCUUGCUGUUUGUGGGUGCCUGCUAGGUUUGGUUCCACCACCUCCAUUAUCUUUUUUCUAUGUCAUUUAUGUGUAUGUGAUGUACUUCGGUUUUUAAGCUUUCUUCUAUAAUUGGAGUUCAGUCAACAUCAA